AUGGCCAAUGGAAGGAUUGACCAGAGGCUGAAUCAGAAAUUAAACUUCUCCUUUAGUGAAGACGACGCAGAGAACGGGGUGCAGAUGACAGCGCCAGGCUCCGGAGAGGCCCGGACCCCAAAGCCUGAGAGGGAUGGCGAUGAGGAGCUGCAGGGCCCCAAGUCUCCCCCCAGAGACGAACCUUACCCUUCUCAGAACAGAGACAAGGAAAGCCCAGGUCCUCCUCUUUGGAUUCCAGAUUCUUCUCUUCCCAAAUGUCCAGAGACACCAGUACCACGCGGCAAGAGCAAGCUGCCAGUGGCUGACAACCUCUCCACCCCCAAAAAUUCACAGACGCCGCCAGAGAUCUCUUCAGUAGGGAAGCUCUCUGCCCGGAGCUCCAAGCAUUUGAGGCUCACACCUGCUCCCUUCGUGGAUGAGAAGACGUCCUUGUCUCUGGUGAAUAUCAACCCGUUCACUCCGGAGUCCUAUAGGAAAUUAUUCCUUCAAUCAAACGGCAAGAGGAAAACCAGAGGCUACCUUGAGGAACCUGGAGAAGGGGAAAGCAAAUCGGGACAGUGGCUGCCUGCUAAGAGAAGUGUUCUACGAGAAACUAAUAUGGCUUCCCGCUAUGAAAAAGAGUUCUUGGAGGUAGAAAAAAUUGGGGUUGGGGAAUUUGGUACAGUCUACAAGUGCAUUAAGAGGCUGGAUGGAUGCAUUUAUGCAAUAAAACGUUCUACAAAACCAUUCUCAGGAUUAUCAAAUGAUCUGGAUCUGCACGAAGUGUUUGCUCAUGCAGUGCUUGGCCAUCAUCCCCACGUGGUACGCUACUAUUCCUCAUGGGCGGAAGACGAUCACGUGGUCAUCCAGAAUGAGUACUGCAAUGGUGGGAGCUUGCAAGCUGUAAUAUCCGAAAACGCUGCAUCUGGUAACCAUUUCCCCGAGCCCACACUCAAAGACAUCCUCCUACAGAUUUCCUUGGGACUUAAGUACAUCCACAACUUUGGCAUGGUACACCUGGACAUCAAACCCAGUAACAUCUUCAUUUGUCACAAGAUGCAGAGUGACUUUCCCGGAGGCCCAGAAGAGACAGAAAGUGAGGCUGACUGGUUUCUCUCUGCCCGUGUGAUGUAUAAAAUCGGUGACCUGGGCCAUGUGACAUCAAUCAGCAAACCGAAAGUGGAAGAAGGAGAUGUUCGAUUCCUGGCUAAGGAGGUCUUACAAGAGAAUUACCAACACCUUCCCAAAGCAGACAUAUUUGCCCUGGGGUUAACUAUUGCUGUGGCUGCAGGAGCAGAGUCAUUACCCAUUAAUGGUGAUGCGUGGCAUCACAUCCGAGAGGGGAACUUUCCAGAUACUCUCCAGGAGCUCUCGGAUGACUUUUACGGUCUACUCAAGAGUAUGAUCCACCCUGACCCAGAGAGGAGGCCGUCUGCGGCAGCUCUGGGCAGGAGUCGAAUCCUCCGGCCCUUCCUGGAGAAGGCAGAUGAACUCCAGAAGCAACUGAACUUGGAGAAGUCCAAGACAGCCACACUGGAAAGGGACCUCAUGAAAGCUCAGCAAAUCCAGACCCCUCAGAGAAUCAUCUACCAUGGUGACCCUGGGACCCUUGGGGCCCACGAAGACUCCAUAAACACACAACUCCUGGCGGGAAGGAUGAGCGAGGAGGCCUAG